ACCCUAAUCAUCUCAACAUUUCACAAAUCAAUCCAAAAGGCUUACAAGAGAAGCAACCAUCCGGAAGAAGAUGGCCAUGGCGACGUCCUCCGCAUCCACCGUCUCCUUCUCCGCCCGCCCGUCCGCCGCGAGCGCGGUCCGGCCGUGCGCCGCCGCGGGGAGGGCGAGGGCGCGGGCGGCGGCGGGGGAGAGCGGCAAGUGGUGGGCGCCGCUGCUGGGGUGGUCGGGGAAGGCCGACUACAUCGAGGCCCCGGCGCCGGCGGUGGUGGCGGCGGCGGAGGAGAGCGAGGCGCGGAGGCGGCCGUUCGUGGGCGGGUUGACGGAGGAGAAGGCGCGGGAGCUGCGCGCAAGGAUGGUGGAGACGGAGAGCUUCCACGACGCCAUGUACCACUCCGCCAUCGCCUCCCGCCUCGCCCGCUCCGCCUAGGCGCGCCGCUGCCGCCGCCACCGGAGGAGGGAGAUGGAGCCCACAGCUCGCGACGUCGCCGCGAUGGCGUGUAUAUAAAAUCCGGGGUGGGAUUCGUCUCGUUGCGGAGGAAAUUUAGAAGAAUUUAGAAGGGAUCUGGUUUUUAGGAUUGAUCCCUUGCUUCCAUCCAUCUCUGCUUUUUUUUUUCUUGCGUUUUCUCCCGAAUUGUAAUCUCGAGAUGAAAUGUAAUCUGGAUCUGAGAUAGAUCUACUCGCUUGUGGCGAAGUAUGAUGCAUCAGAUCCAUUAGGUUUGUUGUACUGCUCAUUUCCAAUCGAUUGGAUCCAAUUCUGAUCUCCAAUCCAUGUCUCAGCAAUUUCACUAUGAGUAUUGUAGUUUGUGUUGUGAUUUUGAUUAAUUGCGGAUUUAGUGUGGUGUGAUUU